UGCAGCCUCUCCUCUAUAAGUAAUUGUUCUCACUUUCCAUUUUACUCGAAUCUCCAGAAUUUUCCCUCAAAGUUCCACUGAUAAAUAGGAAGCAAAUUAUCUUUUGGCUGCCGAUAGUCAAUUUUCAAUCCGGAAAUGUCAUUUGAAGAAGUUUUGAAGGUUGUUUUUCCUUUCUUAGAUGGCAUAGACCUCGCAGCUUGCAUGCUGGUUUGUAAGCAAUGGAGACACAUAGCUAAAGAUGAUUACUUUUGGAAAUGUGUAUGUGCAAGGAGAUGUCCUUCGACUUGCAAACGGCCCGAUCCUCCUACUGCAACCUAUUGUAAACUGUAUCAAUUGUUUUAUAAACAGCAGCAUAGGCGAACACUUCCCCCUCCAAGGCUUUCCUUUGACGAACUGGAAUUCUUCAUCGACAUUUGGACCGAAGAUAAAUUUAUUUUCUCCGAAGUUGUCCCCGGCUCUGUCCUCCAGAGAGGAAUGCAGAUCCCAUCUGCUGGAAUCUGCGACAUGCUUAAGUUUCAUCUCGAGGGUCCCGAGUACAAGCUGACCUUACCUGUUGACCCGAGUUUCACCAUUCCUGUGAGACAGAAUGCGAGUGUUUUGGUGCUUGUGGGGCGGAAGGACUCGAAAAAGGCUGCUAGCAUAAUCAAUAAAUCACCAUUCCUUACAGCCUCCAGAGCUCUAGCUUUUGAUUACCUUGUCUUCUCUCCUAAUUAUCCCUUUAUUUCGACAAUCCGGGCAUGGGUCUCUUUGCUCUUCGCGGAAGACGGUGCCGUUGAUGUUUUCGGCAUUGAGAUGGACUUCUCUGAGGCAGCCAAUUCCAAAGAAGAGGUACUGUGGCUGUUAGACAUGCUUGAUUGGAAAUGAAUGGUGGUAGCUAGGAGCAGGCACAGGGAAGAAAAAUAUACUCUACGUGAUUGUAGGUGUAAACAUCUAUAAUUCUAAUA